AUGGAUUCUGUUGCCUUUCAGGUCUGGGCAGGCCUCUGUUUUCUGGUCCACCUUGCAGUCUGUAGCCCCAUCACGAGCCUAGAUGUGCCUCUCCUGCAGGAAGAGAUGCCGUUCUUUGACGAGCAGGACACACUGCUUGAGAACUGGCAAAAUGAAUUGCUGAAGGCACUGAACCUCUCUGACGUCCCUCUACAAGAACAAGCCAAGGUGGACCCUCCAGAAUACAUGCUAGAGCUCUAUAACAGAUUUGCAACCAAUAAGGCCUCUAUGCCAUCUGCCAACAUUGUUAGAAGCUUCAAGAAUGAAGAACUGACUUCUCUGCCCAUCCACUCUCAUGGAAUACGGAGGUAUCCCCUUCUCUUCAAUGUCUCCAUCCCUCACCAUGAAAAGAUAACCAUGGCAGAGCUGAGGCUCUACACCCUGGUGGAGGAGGACAGGAUGCUCUACGAAGGCCUGGACAGAAAGGUCACCAUCUUUGAGGUGCUGGAGCAUGAACACGGCGGAGGGAGAGAGGAAGAGGAGACGAGGCUCAGAGUGCUCGCGUCCAGGCAUCUGCACAGCACGGACAAUGAAUGGAAAACCUUUGAGGUCACUGAUGCCAUCAGGAAGUGGCAGCACUCAGGCUCAACCACUCAUCGGCUAGAGGUGCGGAUUGAGAACAGAGGGAGAGAGGGACCCAGCCGAGGAGGGAAAGUCGAGAUUGACAUCAAUUCAGAGACCAAACACAAGCCUUUGUUAAUUGUGUUUUCGGAUGACCAAAACCAUGCCAAGAGAGAAGAGAGGCGCGAACUGAAGGAAAUGAUCGAGCACGAGGAGACGCAGGACCUACAGACUCUGGGCUUGGACGACUUCCACUCUAGCCCCAGCCAAGGGAAGCUUCUUCAUAUCAGGUCCAACAUCAUCUACGACUCAACAUCCCGGAUAAGGAGGAACGCUAAAGGGGGGAACUGCAAAAGAACUUCCCUCCACGUGGACUUCAAGGAGAUUGGCUGGGAUUCCUGGAUCAUCCAACCAGUUGAGUAUGAUGCCUACCAGUGUAAAGGUGCCUGCUCCUUCCCUUUGGACGAUCACCUGACAACCACUCAUGCUAUGGCCCGGACUUUGGUUCACCUCAAAUUCCCCCAGAGAGCUUCUCCGGCGUGUUGUGUGCCUACCAAACUGGCUCCGAUCUCUUUGCUCUACUUAGAGAAAGGGGUGGUGACCUUCAAGUUAAACUACGAAGGCAUGUCGGUUCUGGAAUGUGGCUGCAGAUAGUAGCAGGGGGGCUCUUGCGAGGGCACCGAUGGCCCUCCGAGUAUUUAAUUGAUCCAGCUGUAAAUGUGUACAGUUUUCAUUUGUACAGAUUGAGUUAGCGUAUUUAAGCAGGUUUGUACAGAUCAUCUUGAGAGCCAAGGAAUGGGCAGAAGAUGAGAGGGGAUGGCCGUUUGCUGCCAGGGUUGCCUUGAGAGAAAGAGGAGGUUGCGCUUCAGUGCUUUAACUAAGAGUUAGUUGAUACAGCAGACUUUCCUAGGCCAUAGCACUUCAGGGACUGGGACACUGCAUAUUCAAAUAUCCCCCACACAAUAAAUCUCCUUGCGGACAGAAAACUAAUAUGUCACAGAGGGUUCUGCCUAGUUCCGGCACACUUUUUGCCUAUGAUCAGAGGCAGCUCUCAAAGAUGCCAUUUGAGACGAAAAAAUGAAGCUGCCCAGUGCUGAGUCAGAGCCUUGAUCGGAGCUCAGUAUUGCCUACACUGACUGGCAGCAGCUGUCCGUGGUUUCAGACAGGCAUCCUUCCCAGCCCUACCUGGAGACGCUGCCAGGGACUGGACUUGAAAACAGGGGCUCUGCCAUUGAGCUUUGGCCCCAUCUCCGAUCACUCGCCAUCCCGAGCAUUGAGAAGGUCUAGGGUCAUUGGAGUUCCAACUCCUUGCUGGGCUGCACACAGGUACCCAAAGGAGGAUUUACAGACGAUCGUGGGUGGGAUAGAUAUUAGUUUAAAAUAUACCGCUGAGCAGGAACUGAAUCAAUGCAGGAACACAGGAGCAUAGCGAGCUGCUUCAUACUGAGUCAGGCCCUUGGUCCAUCUAGAUCAGUGCUGUCUACACGGACCGGCAGCAGCUCUCCCCGGUUUCAGGCAGGAGUCUUCAUCCCAGCCUUCCCUGGAGAUGCUGCCAGGGACCUUCUGCAUGCAAUUCAAGGGGGACUAAGAAGGGGAACUCAAACCUAAAUGCACUAUAACAAGGGCAGACGGAUCAGGUGCCAGCACUUUUUCACUUGCUUUUUCUGUGCAAAAUACUGGCGAUGCUCAUGCACCUUCUGAGUGCAGAGGAGUGUAGCUGGCUCAUACCUACUGACAAACAGGCAUCAUCCACUACAGCAGGGGUUCCUUCCCACCCUUGGGUCCCCAGAUGUUGUUGGCCAGGGCAUUGUGGCCGGAGUGCCGUCCAACACCACAUCUGGGGACCCAAGGGUGGGAAGGAAGCCCUGCACUCUAGGGUUGGCUGGAGCCAGAGACUUCAGAAACAAGCCCUGUUGUGGAGCUGGGUCAACAAGCCCAGGGUCUACAGGUCUCUAGGCCCCACGGGAGUGCUGAUGAGCAGCUGUUGCUGGGGACAAACUAGGAGAGGGCUGGUGCUUACCUUGCCUUGUCUGUGGACUUCCCAGAGGCCUCUUUCUGGUCACUGCUGGAAACAGGAGGCCAAACUACAUGGCCUUUGGUGUGAUCCGACACCACUCUGUCCCAGUGACCGCCCAGCCUGCCCUCUCCAUAGAAUUCCUGCAAAAUGGUCGAGGGAGCUGUAAUCUCCGUCUGACCUGCCAAUACAGACAGUUCCAGAACAUAAAACCUCAUUCCUCGGACCCGCUGGAAGGACCAGCCCAGUAUUUAUAUACAAAUGCACUCCUCGUGUGAAGCAGUCACAUUCGAACUGUGAAAGAGAAACGGCCUGCGAGAGGAAGGGGACAGCAAGAUUUUAAAAGAGAGAGAGAAGCUUCAUCAGGAGGGAAGUCGCCCCACCGGUGUGCUUCUGCGACGGGAAGGAAGGCAGAGCUUCUGUACCUUUAUCAAUCAAAGAGGGGGGCACCAGGCAUGGGGGGAGCAGGUGGCACUUGUCAUAGAAAGGAAGUGGCCGCCGAAAUUCCCCCUUCCACACAACCUCUUACAAGUCCUGGGACUCAUCAGCUUUGCCCCUCCACUUUAAGACUGUUCCACACGGUCAGUUUAGGGCAGAUCUCGGGAAAGCUCGUCCACAGACCAACAGACCUCUCACAGUUGGUCAAGUUCGGACUGCAGUGGUGAUGGAUUAGGAAGUGCCAUUCUGCAUCUGGCAAGAACUCUCUUUCUUCUCUUGGGCAACCCCCCCCCUCCCCACAUGCUUCAUGUGAACGUGCGGAGCAGCCUUCUAUGAAGUCGGACCCCGGAUCCAUCUCGCUCAGCAUUGUCUGCAUUGACUGGCAGCAAGGUUCCCAGCCCUACCUGGGGAUGCCGAGAGGCUGAAACGUGGACCCUGCACAUGCCAAGCAGAGACUCCCCUGCUGUGCCCCCCCCCGCACCACCCUCCGUAGAGUCAGACCAAGAAAAAGCCAGCCUCUAGGAACCUGCUUCUCCAUUGCCUGAUAUUCUUGAUUAAGGCUUAACAAGGAAACAAUUAGAUUGUGCUUCAUCAUCUAGGAGCUGGUGCGGGCGGGCGGGCGGGGGGGGGCUUCUCCUUUAUGAAGCUGUCAAUCGACAAGGCCGUUCUUUAUCCCCCAUCUUCUCUUCAACGGUAUAGGAUGGGGUCACAUGUCAUGUUUCCGCCACUCUCCUCCAACAAAGGGUUGCGAUAAGAAGGUGUUGGAGCCGGGAAACAAUCGGCCUGGUGCUUUAUUUAUACUAAGCUGGAAAUUGGUCAGAUUCUUUGGAAAGUGUAACUGACGCUGACUCUGCUGCCCUCCUCAGCCCCAGCCUACCCUACUGUCCCCUGCCUCUGGUUUUACACUUUUAAGGCAAAGCUGUCUUCCCUGAGGAAGAUAAGAGACUUGUCUUUGAAAGAAAGGACUGGGACUCCUCAUGGGAAUCAACACGAAAAACAAGAUCAAGGCCUUCGGCAAGCCAGCCAAACCUACUGCCAUCCAGCCAUUAUUUAUUGACCUAUUUAUUGACUUUGUCCUUGUAAUAUAAUGUAGAAUAUAAAAUGUUUUAUUUUUGAGCUUGUAUGUAAACACACUUGGGCAAGCCCAUGUGGGGAGUUUCACGUUCAUUGCUGCAAAAAAAGUUAUGGAUUGACUUGGCCCUUUUCUUUGUAAAUAUAUCACUGCCCUCCAUUUUUCUAUUUCUCAGUGUAAUGCAAAAAUAUAGUGACUUCCAGCA